UCAUGGUUACUCAUUGGUAACGCGCUUCUCACCGGCAAAACGUUUCGUCAUUGAUUUUAUAAUUAUUUCGUCUCAUUUAAAUCACAUCGGGUGUGUGUACCGAAUCGUCUAGCAUUUGUUUAUAUACAAACAGUCGUCUUCUCGCGCACCGCCCAUAUGUUGGCUUCAGUGUUUAUUUCGCGUUUCCUUUGAUUUGUUCGCAGUUGAGCUUUCCUCGGACUUCUUGGGUUUUUCGUGGUUGCUUUAUUCUCGAUCGAAAAGGAAAUGUUUGUCGUUAACAGUUUCCAGAACGGUAGUGGUGACGGCGGUGGUAAAGCUAAUUCAUUUCUGAAUGAUAGGUCAGCGCAAUGGCAAUCGAAUGGAAAUGGAAUGGGCAUCGCGAAAAUCAGCCCGGAGAAGUUUCGCGACAACUACAAUGGGAAAAGUCGGGCAGCAGCACUCACCGUCGAUUCCAGGGUGCUCCGUACAGUUCUAGUUCUGGCAGUCGUGGUUGCAGUUGCCUACAGAAGCUACCUGUUAUCAAUGCAACAAACACAUUCGGAUCGGCAAGUUUACAUAUCCGAUUAUGUCCACGGCAGCUUAAACAAUGCUUGGGAAUAUGUGUCUAAUUCAGAAAAUCAAAGUCGAUUUCUGCCGAUUCUAUGUGGUAUCGCCAUAACAAUAUUCACGUGGGUGAUAGUCUAUUUGGACAGUAAUAUUCCGGGCAUUCAUCCACCCUCGCCAUUCUCACCAAAAUCUAAAUAUAGGUAUCGAGCGCAGAAAACUAGUUCCAUGCAUCUAGGAUACAUUACCGCUUUAGCUAGUGGUAUUGUCGUUUCAGCUCUAAUGACGUACAAUUAUUAGUUUGUAAGUGAAUAAUUAUUUUUCGUUCCUUUAUUUAACAGUCAAAGUGAUUAUUUAAGUUAUUCUUAUUUGUAUUUGUGUAUUUACGAUCGGUUUAACGUUAAACGAGCCGCUAGCAUUCGCUCUAUAAUUUUGUUAGCAAAAUUUCAUGAAAUGGUUAAUUUGACAAGAUUGGGGCCUUAAUGUUGGUAGAGCGAUUGCCUUACAUGAUCGGAAGAAAAUAUUAUUUUGAUAAGAGUAUGUUUCUGUUGAGAAGCUUAAUAUUUUUGUAUGGAAGAAAAAGUUCAAAUAGAAUAUAUCUAUUUUCAGAAUGAAA